CGCUUCCAUGGCAACCACUAACUUUGAAUGACAGCUGAACGUCCACAGCAGCAAAGUUGUAAGAAGACAACCUGUUUGAAAUAUCACAGCCAUGGCGUUACCGUUUCUACCCGGGAACUGUCCCAGUAAACAGCUAGGGAAAGAGAGAUUCCACAAAUCCCAACAUUUCGGUUGUUCCAAUGGAGUCCCUUUGUUUGUGGGAUCUGCAAAGCCAGGCAUUGGAGGAGAGCUGUUAGCCGGCCAGGAGAUCAAACCCAAGUAUUCAGUCUACCCCAGAGGACAGGGCAGCUACGUACCAUCAUGGGUAGCCUUUGACAAACAGGUUCUGUGUUUUGAAGCAUACUUUCAGGAAGCUGUGCCUCAGGCGCGAGAUGAGACGUACAGAAUCAGGAAGUGUAAGAUCUACUUCUACCUGGAAGAUGAUACCAUACAGGUGGUGGAGCCAGAGUACAAGAACAGUGGCAUCCCUCAAGGAACACUCAUUUGCCGCCAGCGUAUCCCACUGCCUCCUCCAGAUGAUGACCAGUUCUACAACAUUUUCCAUUUUAACCUCAACCAGCAGAUGGUGCUGUACUCACGCACAUUCACUGUGACCGACUGUGACUCUUUCACAAGAAACUUUCUCACAGAGCUUGGGGUGCGCCUGAAUGACCGUGCCGCUGUGCCUGCAGACCCCUACAGCAACCUCCGGGAACAGAUCGAGAAAAGCAUGAAGCCACUCCGGCCUUACGAGAGGCGUGACACACUGAAGCAGUUCCUCGACCACGACCGCAAAGUCCUGCGCUUCUACUGCUUCUGGGACGACAAAGACAGUGUGUUCGGAGACCCCCGGGAGCUCGUUCUGCACUACUUCCUGGCUGAUGACACCAUAGAGAUCCGGGAGGUGAUCUCGCCAAACUCUGGGAGAGACAAUGUGCCCAAAUUCCUGCACCGCAGCAAACUACCUAAGUGUGCUCUGGCCCGAAUGAAGCAGCCUGGAGAGAUCGCAGACCGCACACUGCUCAAUGUGUUUUCCUCCACCAGUAAGGGAGAGCGCUACAUACUGGACAGCCUCAAAACAGGAGCUGUCCGUGAGGAGUUUUAUAAGGACUCCCAUCUGACUGUGGGUGGGGAGGUGAACGUGUGGGGCAGGAAGGUGAUCAUCACCGACUGUGAUGACUUCACCAAAGACUACUACCACUCCAAAUACGGCAUAGAGGACUUCACCCCAGUGCAGUACAAAGCUCCCCCGACCCCUAAGCCCCUGAGGCCCGUGCCCCCCUACAACGGCUUUGGCUCAGAGGUGGACUCGCUGAGCUCCUGCCAGGGCCUGCUGCCCAAGCCCCCACAGAAAGAUUUCCGCAAAUUUAUGGAGAAGGACAGAUGUGGCCUCAACAGUAAUGUGCUGAAUUUCCAUGCCAAGAUGGUGACCAACGACCCAGUCGACAGAGACAGAGUGUUCAUCAUCUCCUUCUACCUCUGCGACGACUCCAUCAGCGUGUUCGAACCCCCACAAAGGAACUCAGGUGUGCUCGGUGGUAAGUUCCUAGAGCGUGGUCGUGUAAAGAAGCCAGGCCAGGACCUUUUUAAGAGCGAGGUGUCUGAGUGCUUUACAGCUCAGGAUCUGUACGUCGGAGCCACCCUCUGCCUUAACAAUAAGCACUUUCAACUUCUGGACGCCGAUGAAUACACCUUCAACUACAUGGAGCAACAUGCUGAGGAGUUCCCUAAAGCCAAUGUGGGUAACAUCCUCAGUAAACUGCGUUCCAUUCCAGAGGAGAAACAGAGUGAGAUCAGGAAGUUUCUGGCUCUCAGUGACCCCAGCAACACUGGCUUCAUCCCCUAUGAGUCAUUCAGAGCCCUGCUUAUGGGUCUGGACUGUGGCCUGUCGGAGCACGAAGUGCUGGUGCUGGGCCGAUGUUUCUCGGAGCGCGAGCAGCCUGAGGUGGAUGCAGGCCUGAUGCUGGCCGUGGCCCAGGACUUCCUCAAGAAGAAGCACUUUGAAGAGCUCCCUGACAUGGCCAGAGCCUUCGCACACCAUGACCGACACAAAACCGGCCGUCUCUCCACCAAAGAGACAAGGACCAUUUGUCAGGCCUUCCGGCUUCCCCUGCCUGAGAACCUGCUGGGAGGUCUGCUCAGCAAGUUCACAGACGGGGAUGAGAUUGACUACCAUGCGUUCCUGGCUGGCAUUAACUGGGUAGAGCACCCUGCUCCCCCAGUAAUGCCGGAAGACACCUUAAAGUUUGACAUGAAUGCGAGGUUUGGCGCCGACGAGGUUCCAGCAAAAGACGUCAACUACUCUUCCCUUCUGCGGGACGUAUUCAGCUUUCCCUCCAACAACAGUGACCCACCAACUGCCACCUCCACAUAGACACAGAGUGGGAGGUGAAACACACACACACACUACUUAUUCUCCAAAGAAAGAGCAUGGUAUAUCAGCCUAACCAGCAUCUGUGUUUUCAUACAUAAUGUUAUAAAGAGUUCGGUCUAGACCUGCUCUAUUUGAAAAGUGUCCUGAGAUAACUUCUGUUAUGAAUUGGCGCUAUACAAAUAAAAUUGAAUUGAACUGAA